UGUUAAAGAAACGCCUCGUGAAGCUUGUUGUCAACUUUCUCUUCUACUUCCGGACAGACGAAGCAGAGCCCAUUGGAGCUCUGCUGCUGGAGCACUGCAGGAUCACCAAGGAGGAGGAGAACGUCUUCUCAAUCAGUUUCAUUGAGGAGCCAGAGAGGAAAUACUGCUUCGAAUGUGACAGCGAAGAGCAGUGUCAGGAAUGGAUCGAGGCACUCAAGCGAGCCAGCUAUGAGUUCAUGAGGAGGAGCUUGAUUUUCUACCGGAAUGAGAUCCAGAAAAUGACAGGGAAGGACCCCCUGGAGCAGUAUGGGAUCUCCGAGGAAGCCCGCUUCCAGCUGGGAACACGCAAGCAAUAA